AUCCUGUAGGUGGAGAAGGGAUUCCGGUUCCGGGUGUUUUCAUAUCUAACUCGGAGGCGUCCAUUCCUCUGAUUAUGGUCUUAUAUCAGAUACUAUUACCGAUUACCGACUGAUUAAAGUAGAUAUCUUUGAAUUAAGGAAGCCCAUCUUAAACCGCAGAUAUGACCACCCGUUCGGAGCGAGAGAAGGCCCAGAAACUGAACGAGCAGCACCAGGCCAUCCUGUCCAAAAUGCUGAGAGAGGAAGACAACAAGUACUGCGCCGACUGCGAAGCGAAAGGUCCAAGAUGGGCAUCCUGGAAUCUGGGAGUAUUUAUCUGUAUCCGGUGUGCUGGCAUCCACAGGAACCUGGGUGUACAUAUAUCCAGAGUUAAAUCGGUCAACCUGGACCAAUGGACCUCAGAACAAAUCCAGAGUAUACAGGAGAUGGGCAACACCAAGGCAAGGCAGCUUUAUGAGGCCAACCUUCCAGAAAACUUCAGAAGACCUCAAACAGACCAAGCAGUGGAAUUCUUCAUCAGGGAUAAAUAUGAGAAGAAGAAAUACAGCAAGAAUGUGACCAAUGGACGCAGUCCAAAAGAUAAUAAGAAAGAGAAGGAGCCAGACAGAGGGAACAAGAGUGAAGAGUCCAGGCCUGUUCAGAUCAGCCCGAUCAAAAAUUCAGAGCCAUCUGUGAAUCUACUAGGCCUUGACGCACCGGCAGCCACAUCAACUAACAAUGGUAGUACGAGCACAAGCCAGAGUAAUGACCUGGAUAUUUUCGGCCCCAUGGUGUCCAACCCCCUCCCUGCAUCCACAUCAGCAGCUCCAUUUUCUCAGGUGAGCUCCAGUAAUGUGGCUAGUACUCCAACACAACUUCCAGCAGCAGCAGGAGCAGCUGGAUCCAGCUCAGGGUCUGCGCAGGGAGAACUUGACCUGUUCAGUGACAGCAGUAGCACCACUAAAACAGAUGACGCAGCCAAAAAGCCCCUGUCCAAGGACUCCAUCCUGUCCCUAUAUGGCACUAAUAGCAUGUCCCAACAGGCCCCUGCUGCUGGCAUGUUCAUGGGCCCCUCCCAGAUGCAGUUUCCUGUCCAGGCCACUGCUGGGUAUCAGGCCUUCCCUGGCAUGGGCCCAGCCAUGCCGCCCACCACCGUCAUGGGUGCCAUGAUGGCUCAGAGUGGGGCAGCCAUGAUGGGGCCCAAUCCAGGCAUGAUGGUAGGGAUGACCAUGCCCAAUGGCUUCAUGGGUAAUACGCCUGCCACUGGCGUUAUGGGUAUGGCACCGAGGAUGAUGGGACCGCAGGGUGGCAUGUUGCCCGCUCAGGGCAUGUAUGCCAUCCAGCCUGGACAGCAGGCUCAGUGGAAUAUGGGUCAGAUGAACCAGCAGAUGUCAGGGUUGACUCUGAAUGGUGCCGGUGGUCAGAUGGCCUUCAGUCAGCCUCCAUCAGCGAUGGGUGGUUGGGCCACCGCUGGAUCUGGCCAGACGCUGAGCACACAGCUAUGGAAGUGAGCCUUUAAGGCGGUCGAUGGGCGGGCAGAGUAAGAGUCGAGGUUGCAGAAGGUUCAAACAAAUCAUAGUUUCUUCUCUUCACCUCACUAUGAACUGAUGCCCAUCCCCAUCAUGGACCAGCCUUCAGAACAUGAAAAUUGUAUCUCUUUUUUUUUUUUUUUUUUCCUUCUCCCUUUCUCUGUCUCUCUUUCUCUCUAUUGUGUGAGUGAAUUGGGAGUCAUACAGGAUUACAGCCUGGCAGUUUCUGCCUGUCGUAUGGUUUUGAUCAUAACUUUUAUUUUCCUUUUUUGGAAAAAUUACAAGGAAAUAACAGUCCCAACAAAAAUGAUAUCGACAUAUCAGAAAGCUGCAGGACCAGUUACACAAGCUUUUAUUGUAUCACUGUAUCAUUAUAAGAUUAUAGAACAUUUAAAUGAAUAGUAUUUAAAGGGAGGAGAUAAGACUCAGGUCUGUCAGUACUGCUCCCGAAUGUACAGCGCUGUAUAACCUUCUUUUAAAGUACUUGUGGUUCCCCUAUAAAAAAUAAAGUCAUAAUAAAUC